AAGAGGUGCGUGAUGCGAAUUUAACUCGUUCAGUGCUGAAGAAGUAGAGGGGACACAGCAGAGGACUGUGGCAGGCCAUUGCACGGCCUAGAAAUGGCAGAUCCGAUGGCAGACGCUACAGGUUUUCCACUCAAAAGCGAUGAGAGCACUGUCAUCUUACAUCUUUACCCAGCAAGCCAGAGUGGCUCAGACACUGAAGAAGAGGUUACUCAUAUGAAUGUUGGCCCAUUGAAAUACUCAACCACUCUAACCAAUCGGCAGCGUGGAAACAUGGUAUCCGUACUGCCAGCCACACUGGACUCCCUAUCUGUACAUCAAGUUGCGGCCCAGGGGGAGCUGACUCAACUCCAGGAAUAUCUGCAGAAAGAUGACACAUUACUAAAUCGACCAGAUGAGCGAGGUUUUACUCCUCUAAUGUGGGCUGCUGCUUUUGGAGAGAUUGAGACUGUUCGUUAUCUCAUGGAUGAGGGUGCUGACCCCCACAUCCUGGCCAAGGAACGAGAAAGUGCCUUGUCGUUGGCCAGCACAGGAGGAUAUUCUGACAUUGUGUCACUGCUCCUCGACAAGAAGGUGGAUAUUAACAUUUAUGAUUGGAAUGGAGGGACGCCAUUACUGUAUGCAGUAAGAGGGAAUCAUGUGAAAUCUGUGGAGGUGUUGCUAGAGAGAGGAGCUGACUUAACUAUGGAGGCAGAUUCUGGAUAUACCCCGAUGGAUCUUGCUGUGGCACUGGGUCAUAAAAAAGUCCAACAGGUCAUUGAACAUCACAUCCUGAAAUUGUUUCAGAGCCAAGUGUGACACACCGUGGAGAGGAAGAAGUAGAGAGAUAUAUGAGCUCAUCUUCAUCUGCUGCGACAUCUGACAGAGGUCAUGGACAAGAUGCUACAGCAAAUACUAAGCAACCUGGCAUUUCUUUUGUAGGGCAAAAUACUUUAAUGAAGGACCUGACAGAAGAAUGCACAUUCAGAAAAAGGGUCAUCGUUAUCUGAUUAACUUGUCUAACACAUUAUAAUGAAGAAAGAAUUCCAUGGCUUGUCUUCUGCAGCAGGAAUGACAUUUGGAUGUUGGCUGUUACCCUUUGUAAAUGUGCCUUGCCCCUCCAUGACGAUGGAAGG